AUGUCCACGAACGUGAUCGGCUCCGACGUGAUCAGCAUCGCCUCGAAGAUCAAGUGGCUGGAGGAUAGGGUCGGCGCCAUAUUAAAAGACGGGUUGACGUUCAACGCGGUCGAGGAGCUGCUCAAUAUGGCGCGGGAGAGCAAGAGAUAUAACCACACUAUGGGCAAGAAUAGGAACGUGUACGCGCACGAGAGGGUGCCCACCGACUAG